AUGGCGGAGUCGGAGACCCUGGACGCGUUCGCCGGCAGGCUGGGCGGCAUGGCAGCGCGCUACAUGGCACUGGGCUCGACCCUGGAGGAUGCGGCGCUCGUCAAGAAGUUGCUUGAUUCGGUCCCAGAUCGCUUGUACGCGGCGGUGGCCGAGAUUGAGCAGUUCUGCGACGUCGGCACGAUGGCGUUCGAGGACGCGUUGGGGCGGCUGAAGGCUUUCGACGAGAGGCUGCGUCAGCGCGGGCAAGACGGAGGCAGCCAUGGCGGCGAGCAGCUGAUGUUCACCGCGGCACAGUGGCGGGCGCGCGAGCGGCAGCGAGGAGGAGCUCGGGACGACGACGACGGGGCGAGCGGCGAGGCGUCGGGUUUCGGCGGGAACCGGCGCGGCCGCUGCUACAAGUGCGGUGAACGCGGGCACUUCAAACGCGAGUGA